UAACUUUCAGUGCUGUGAUUAUUGGAUCCAGCUGCUUAGCUCAGAUAGCUUUAAUGUCUCUGUUUUCCUAUCUGUGCCUGCAAGAGCUCACACUAUGAUGUCAGAACCUCUUUUAUUGGCUAUACACACAGUGCUUUCGCCAAUAGUAAUAGAGCCACUUUUUGUUUUCUUUUGACUUUGGUGGGGCUGAGCUGGUACAGUGAUUGACAGGGCAGUGACAGAUCCCCUCCAACAGGAUGUCCAUUUUCUUAUCACUUCCUCCAAGGCCCUUGUGUGUUCACAUAUAGCCAUCUUUAUAAUAAUGGGGAGUAGUUUUUACCGAGGCAGUCAACUGGAAGAGGGAAAAAUGAAGGUUCAUCUGUGAAAGUUUAUGUUGUUGCCGAUAAACUUCUGAAUUGAGGAAAAACCACCACUCUUAAUUUGGCAGCUUUUGGGAAAAACCAGACACUCUCUCCUCAGUAGUCCGCCAUAGUCUCUACCAAAGUCGAGUUGAGAACAAAAGAGACAAACACAGUCGCAGAGACAAAAAGGUUGACUGACAGACUGAUACAGUAUUUUCUGUAAAAAUAUGCUGAGCAGCUGAGUGUGUGGGAUGAGAGCGCAAAGAAAGCAAAAAAGAGGAAAAAAUAACCAUGCAGUAUUACCAGCCAGUCUAUAUUGGCAUGGAGCUGGUAAUUGCCUGCCUGGCUGUGGCUGGGAACAUCCUGGUGUGCUGGGCUGUCUGCCGCAACUCCAACCUGCAGAGCAUCACCAACUUCUUUGUGGUGUCACUGGCAGUGGCUGAUAUUGCUGUGGGGCUGCUGGCCAUCCCAUUUGCAAUCGCUAUUAGUAUCGGCUUCUGUGCCUGCUUCCACGGCUGCCUGUUCAUGGCCUGCUUCCUUCUGGUGCUCACCCAGAGCUCCAUCUUCAACCUGCUGGCAGUCGCUGUGGACCGCUACAUUGCAAUCAAGAACCCACUCAGGUACAACAGCCUGGUGACAGUGCAGAGGGCAAAGGGCAUCAUCGCAUUGUGCUGGGUGCUCUCAGUAGGCAUCGGCCUAACACCAAUGCUGGGCUGGAACAAUAGUUUGAACUCCACAAACUGCAGCAACAGCAACAGCAGCUGUUCCGAAGGCAUGACAGAGUGCCUGUUUGAAAGUGUGGUUAGACUGGACUACAUGGUCUAUUUCAAUUUCUUUGGCUGUGUGCUGGUGCCCCUGAUGGUCAUGUUGGUCAUCUAUGCCCAUAUCUUCAUGGUGGCACGGCACCAGCUCCGAUUGAUGGGGAUCAAAGUUGCACAUAUACCUGCUCCUCAAGAAAUAACCUCACCCGCAAGCUCAUCUCGUACGACCCUGCAGAAGGAAGUGCACGCUGCAAAAUCGCUGGCCAUCAUCGUAGGUUUUUUUGCUCUGUGUUGGCUUCCCGUGCACAUCAUCAACUGUUUCAACUACCUGCGUCAGAACUGUGACCGCCCACAUCCCUGGGUGAUGAAUACUGCUAUCAUUCUCUCCCAUGCUAACUCGGUUGUGAAUCCCUUCAUCUACGCCUACCGCAUUCGGGAGUUCAGACAGACCUUUCGGAGAAUCCUGUAUCAGCACAUCCUAGGGAGGAGGGAUGGACUUAGGGUUGGGAAUGGUGAUGGCAGAGGUGAUAAAUGCAGCAGUGUCAUGCAGGCCUCUUCCGAUACCUGUAAAGGGGGUUCAUCAUGUGGCACAGUGGUGAAUAGCUAUGUCCAAGACCCAAGUCUUGACAGAACUCUCCCAAAAGCAACCUGUGAAGCCUCUAGCCAUUGGACAUCAAUGUUAGAUGCUGCACCAAGCAGCUACAUACCCAAUGGAAACCAAAUAAAGGGUAGCACCCUGUCAGCAACACAACAGCAGCCAUGCAUCACAGGAUUUUCUGCACAGGAUGGAGUCGAGUCAAUCACAUAUCUAGGGGGGACAACAGAUGUUUUGGAGGUGAGAGACAGUGAGAGCUGUAUUUCUUUUGUGAAUGUUCAGGCUCUCUUCCCAAAACAGACUGGCCCUGCACACUCCACAAAACUUACAGAAGUCUCAUGACAAAAUAUUUAGUUAUUGAAAAUAUAUUUGCUUUCCUCUUCCUGAAGUCAAACAUAAACUGAUUGGAAAGCAAUAUUUUUGCCUGCUUUGACACUUUGUUCUCCUCAACCGUCUCUGGGCCAGAUCAGAUCAACAAGCACACAACAAAAAUGGUAAAAAAGAAGGUUGAUGUUUAAUAUGGGCAUUCUCUUAACAUGUAGUUCAAUAAGAUGUUUGGCAGUAUGUUCUUUUUCUAAGAUAAAGGUGAUGUUUUUUCAGGUUGCAUAUCUUUAAAACAAUGUGCAUUUAGAAAACACUACUUUCUCAGUUGUACUGUAUUUGCAACAGACUGAACUUUAAAAGGCUUGAACUGCAGUAUUUGUCAUUGUUGCAUCAUGUCACCUUUUGUAAUCUAAAAAAGUAUGAUUUUUUUUUACUUACAGAAGAAUUAAAAGUCAUAAGUACUUAUUAGUUCACUGUUUUUCAUCAGAGGUCACUUUCUGCUUUAAAACUUAGACCCAGCAAUUUAUUACCAGUUUUACUAUGAACCGGCUUAUAACAAAGACUCUGUACCGCUGCACACAAAGCACAAGUAUGCUGUUGUAUGUCUUACUGAGAGCUGUAACUAAUGGUCUAAAUGAACCAUAAAACAUUCCUCUUUGACAACUUGGGGAAAACAAUGAUGUUUGAAGGCAAGCAUCAAGAGUUUGCCUUCUCUUGAUCUGAUCUGUUAAAAAGUCAUUUUUCAAAGCGCUGGAUGGCUACAGAACAGUCGAUGUUGCCAGUUUGGUCAGUGAUUUGAUAACUGCCCGGCAACACGUGUCCGUUGCUGGUUCAACAAGUAUGUGACAUAUGCGUCAAAGGGACCAAUGUAUACAGGCUGGUUACCAACCAGUCAAAACAAAGAGCUUGGUUUAUGAAGUCAAAUAUCACUGUCUAUAUCUGUUGUGUGGCUAUUUUCAGAGUCAGGCUCAUACACAUAGACAGCAUAAAAAAAAACCACACACAAACAUAGUACAUACACAUCACCGCAGACUACUCAGCAAGAGGUGUUUACAGAGUAGCCUGGCUGCUGACGCCAGUCAAUUAGCCUAAUGCAAUGGAAAUCAAGUGAAGGUUCAUUUGAUGAUGUCUUUUAUUAUGCCAUUAUGGUUUCCCUUUCCUCAUUAAAAAGCCCUUCCACUGUGGGAAAGACCUGCAUUAAACAACAUUUACGUGCCUUAAAGCAAUCCUGUAGACAUGUCUCCAGGA